UUCCCACUAGAGGUCGGCCUGGAGCUUUUAAGGCGUAUCUCUGAGCGGGGGGAGGGGGAAAUGGUCACUUUCUUUGCCGGCGCAAGAAUGCGGAACAAGUACAAGUGAGAGGCACGGAGCAAGUUUGAUGUGUGGCGCUGGCUCAGUGAUAAGGCUUUAACACCCCCCCUCCCCAAGCUUUGCCCUUUCAUCUAAUUUUAAACCGACAUGCAACAAGCAGGAAAAAAGUGGCUUAUGAUGAAAUCAUAGCCGCAGGAGGAGGUUCUGGGCAAAUCCACUCUUUCCUUAAAAAAAAAUAGAAUAUUUAAUAAGGAAACAAGAAAUUGCAGCUUGUCAAGUCUUGCAAGGGAGAUUGUGUGGUUUUUUUUUUUGUUUUUGUUUUUAACGAAAGGACAGAAUCUAUUCCAGCUGUCUUGAUAGCAUGGCGGUCGAGCGAAACAGGAGACUUUUGCAGGAUCUGCUGGAGAAUCCAGGGAACCAGGCGUGUGCGGAUUGCGGUGCCCCGGAUCGUGACUGGGCAUCUUACACUCUUGGAAUUUUUAUCUGUUUAAAUUGCUCAGGAAUUCAUCGCAACAUCCCUCAAGUCAGCAAAGUGAAAUCUGUUCGUUUAGAUGCCUGGGAGGAUGAUGAAGUUAAGUUUAUGGCCUCUAAUGGGAACAGUGCAACCAAAGCAAAAUAUGAGUCGAAGUUGCCGGCAUUUUAUUAUAGACCAACGUUUACAGAUUGUCAAGUACUUCGGGAACAAUGGAUCCGUGCCAAAUAUGAAAGAAAGGAAUUUAUCUGCAUUGAGAAACAAGAGCCUUACUCUGCAGGUUACAGAGAAGGCUUUCUGUGGAAACGGGGACGUGAUAAUGGUCAGUUCUUGAGCAGGAAGUUCAUUUUAUCAGAACGAGAAGGCGUCCUGAAAUAUUUCAACAAACACGAUGCUAAAGAUCCAAAAGCUGUUCUGAGGCUCGAACAAAUCAACGCCACUUUUCAACCAACGAAAAUCGGGAAUCCUAAUGGAUUGCAAAUUACAUACUUAAAAGACAACAGUACAAGGAAUAUAUUUGUUUAUCACGAAGAUGGAAAGGAAAUAGUUGACUGGUUCAAUGCAAUCCGAGCAGCACGUUUCCAUUACUUGCAAGUGGCAUUCCCUGGAGCUAGUGAUGCUGAUCUGGUACCAAAACUGACGAGAAAUUACGGGAAAGAAGGGUACAUGGAGAAGACUGGUCCAAAGCAAACUGAAGGGUUUAAGAAACGAUGGUUCACGUUAGAUGACAGAAGGCUGAUGUAUUUCAAAGACCCACUGGAUGCCUUCGCUCGGGGUGAAGUGUUCAUCGGGAGUAAGGAAAAUAGUUAUAGUGUUUUAGACGGUCUUCCUCCAUCAACCCAAGGGAAUCACUGGCAAUAUGGAAUUACCAUAGUAACCCCUGACAGGAAGUUCUUGUUUGCAUGUGAGACUGAGAGUGAACGUCGCAUUUGGAUGGAAGCCUUUCAGAAGGUUAUUGACAGAGCAAUGUUGCCCCAAGAGUAUGCAGUUCUGACCAAAAGUUAUGGACCUGGAGCAUCAGCUGAAUCCCUCUCCAUAGAUACCAGAAUUUUCUGCUUUUAGGACAGGUGGAAGCACAUUUUAAACACAAGCCAUAGAAGAUCCUUGGUUUCGGAGGCUGUGGGCACACUAGGAUUUCAUCUGCUCAUCACUGUUCUUUUUCAAAUAUGGAUUGUUUGGUGUUUGUGCAGCAGUCUGUUUCCCUUUCCUCCAUCCGUAUGCCCUCAAAACUCACUCCCUCCCUCCCCAAUGACUACCACAACACGGGUGGGGAGGUGGUAUACAAGCACCUGAAGAAAAUUAAACUGUAGCGAGGAAAGUGAAGUUGAAAGUGAAAUGCAUGUUACGAAAUUGUAAAAUCAAGAGCAUGAAUUUCACUUCAGCAUUUGGGAUGACUGUCAAAACGCACGGUUCAUUACACACAACACUGCAUGAGUAUUUCUAUUUGUUAGUAUUUAAUCACAGAAUGUUUCCACUGCAGUCGGACACUAUAAAUACAAUGAUGUGAAAGGCUUAAGUUUUUUUAAAAAAUUCAGUCUCAUGUAUCCAUCUGUAAUUGUCCAUUGCUGGUCAUGUGCCAAUUCUCUGUGCGUCAACUUUGUUCUUACAGUCUUCAAGCAACUGUAUUUAUAUAUACAAAGUAAAACUUAAAUUUAACUGUACAGACUUUAAUGAUCAGUGAUUCUACAUGAUAAACUUUCUCAAAGGGGCGGCAGUGGCCUAGUAGUAUUAUCGCUGGACUGUUAAUCCAGAGAUCCAGAUUUUGUUCUGGGGACCAGGGUUUGAAUCCUGCCAAGGCAGAUGGUGGAAUUUGAUUUCAAUAAAUAUCUGGAAUUAAGAGUUAACGAUGACCAUGAAUCCAUUGUCGAGUGUUGGAAAAAGCCCAUCUGGUUCACUAAUGUCCUUUAGGGAAGGAAACUGCCAUCCUUACCUGGUCUGGUCUACAUGUGACUCCAGACCCACAGCAAUGUGGUUGACUCAUCAUUGCCCUCUGAGCAAUUUAGGGAUGGGCAAUGAAUGCUGCCUUAGCCAGCGACGUCCUCAAUGAAUUAAAAAAAAUGUCCAUAAAGACUUCUAGUUUUAGUUGCAAUUGUGAUGACUUACCUCAAACUUGAAAUUGUUUUUUAUUUCUUGUGUUUAUAUUUUCUGUGGAUUGCCAAACAAAAAAUACAAAUAUAGGUGUCAGUAAAGCUGAAAUUACCGUCAGUACCUAGGCUCACAAUGGUCCUGCUGUCUUCUGAACAAAAUGUACAGCUUGAAUUAAAUUGUGUAUGAUGCUGUUUUCAGAGGGGUGUGUUCUCGGAGAUGUGUUCUCUAUUUAAAGAAAAUAAUAAUUAGCUUUUCUGUACUGCUCAGCUUAAGGUUAAAUUUUAGUGAUAUGUUGUGUUCUGUGAUGUUUGUACCAGAUAAUAGUGUAAUAUAAGAUUACCAUGGUAAACAAUGUAAAAAGCCUUCACAUUGCAACAAUUCUUCCUAAAUUGUAUCCACAGCUUUUUAAUAUGCAUAUUUUAAAAAACUGACGUAAAAAGAUCUGAAAUUUAUUUUGCAAAGUUGUGAAUUAAUUCCUCCGAUUAAACCACCAACCCUAUCAAUCAAUUUUCAUUCACCAGUGUGCAGUACCUUGGUUACAGUAACAUUAAUAUCACACUAAAUGCAUUCUUUAAAGGUGUACCUCAACAAUGGGACCAAUAAUCUUUUCUCAGAUGUAAUCUCAACCCAACUAUUAAGCAUCCCGAAAGUAUCUCAAAUAAUAGCAUCCAAAACAUUGUUAGAGAUUCUAUGUAUAGCAAGCUUAUUACAUAUGGAAUUUAUGGAGACUAAACAUGGUUGUGUGAUGGAUUUUUCCUAACAAAAUGUCAGUGAUUAUAUGCUGUUAUGAUGUGGUUGUUCCACUCUUCAAAGGGAAAGAAUAUUGACAUGGAGAUUCUACUAUAAUAGUUUGAUAAUCCACUUUUCCAAAUUAUGUCAACUGACAUGGAAUGAAACUGGGAAGCAAGCGAGAUGACAACAUGCUUCAGCAAACCAACACAUCAAGUGAACGGAUUUGAGAUGAGCCUCAGCAGACUUUUUAAAGCAAGAAGUGAAUUAAGUGAAGGAAAAAAGUCUAUAUUAUAUUCUUUAUUCCAAACACGGAGGAAGUUUUUAGAAUUUAAUUUAUAUAUCGCUGUGUGCAAUUUGCACUGUUUCAAUCUCCUUGUUUUUGUUCACUUGUACCUCCCUGCAUAAUUCAAUAAAUUCACAGCCAGUAUUUCAAAAUAGAUUGUAGCUGAAGAAUCAUACAUUGGAAGUAACACAAUACCUACAUUUUCUUUGUUCCUUCUCUUGUACUUAUUGGGAUUUUUAAAAUUGGUCCAUACGAUCACUUACAUAUGGCUUUUGGAAAUGUAAAAUAUUAUGCUGCUAACAAUUAAAAUGAAGUACGCACUGGUUGCUAAAGAAUAGCAGAACUAAUUUACUUCGUAAUUUUUAAGGUAUCAGGCAAUAUACUUGAAUAAGAAUGUUAUCAAAAAAGUGGAUAACAAAAAAUAAAGACCCUGAUGGUUAUGAGGAAGAGUAAAAUGAAACAUUCAUGUCCAUUCCAUUUGUGUUGUUUUAAUAUGGUGUGCAUUUGAUUAUGGAAAUUAUUCAUAAUGUACAGUGGAGAAUAUGGUGCUGAAAUGAAUUACUUAAAGUUAUCAUGGUGUCCCAGAUCAGACUUUGUAUUUUGAUUACUUUCAAUUAAAAGGUCUUGAUUGUGUUGCACAA